GUGUUAAUAUUUCCGACUGCCCCUGAAAGCCUCGAGUGCCACAGCAGGUUUCGCGCAGGGGGAAGAGGUCUCAUUGAGCUUUGUCAGUAACAACACCCCUCUCUCGGCAGGCUACAUGUCGCUAAUAUAAUGCGCGAGGCGAUUAAACUAAUAACAUUAGUUUAGAAGGCUUUUCAUUUAUAUCGAGCCGUAGCCUAACACCGAGGGGGAUACCUCUUGAAAAUGCUUCCGUCUCUAGCCAGCAAUUCGUGUGUGCGGUUGAUACAGACUCACAAAUCGACGUGGUAUUUUCUAUCUCUAAUCUUGGGGUAUGCCCUUUAUCUCGUAUUCGGCGCUGUCGUCUUCUCGUCGAUCGAGCUGCCUUAUGAAGACAUCCUGCGCCAGGAUCUGAGGACCAUUAAAAAACAAUUCCUCCAGGAAAAUGAAUGUCUAUCAGAGGAGCGUCUGGAGCGCUUUCUUGAGAAAGCCAUGGAUGCCAGUAAUUAUGGGGUUUCCAUCCUCAAUAACGCCUCGACCAACUGGAACUGGGACUUCACUUCUGCACUGUUUUUUGCGAGCACGGUGCUGUCCACCACAGGAUAUGGUCACACGGCACCACUGUCAAAUGCCGGGAAGGCCUUCUGCAUCAUCUACUCAGUGAUUGGCAUCCCCUUCACCCUACUCUUCCUUACUGCUGUGGUGCAAAGGAUCAUGGUGUUCAGCACACGGAGGCCGAUCAUGUACUUUCACAGGCGCUGGAGCAUGUCCAAGCCACUGGUGGCCAUCGUUCAUGCCAGUGUGCUCGCCACAUUAGCAGUCUGUUUCUUCUUUCUCAUCCCCGCCGCCAUGUUCUCAGCGGUGGAGGAGAACUGGAACUUCCUGGAGUCCUUCUACUUCUGCUUCAUUUCCCUCACCACCAUCGGCCUGGGGGACUACGUACCCGGAGAGGCCACUCAUCAGAAGUUCAGGGAGCUCUACAAAGUGGCCGUCACUGUCUACCUGAUCCUGGGUCUGAUUGUCAUGCUGGUGGUGCUGGAGACCUUCUGCGAGCUGCAGCAACUGAAGCAGCUGAGGAAGAUGUUCUACCUGAAGAAGGAGAAGCCGCAGGACCACCUCUCCAUUUUGGAGCAUGACUACCUGUCCUUCAGUACUGUGUCGAACAGAACCACGGCUUACUCUGAGGGCAAAAUCCAGUCGUUUGUUAGCGUCCCAACUCCACUGUCCUCUCACAAUGACGAUCCCAUGAUCGAGUAAACAUCGACAGAGCAAACAUCUACUGGAGGACGACAAUAUGAAAGUAGGGGGUAAUGCACACCAUAACUUAAGUAUAUCAGUAGAUCGUGAGUCUCAGCUGUAGGCAGUCUGCAAACUUUAGUAGUAUAGCUAGUUGAGACAAUACAGCUCAAGCAAAUAAUGUCCUUCAUCACCUCAAAAUACUGACAAUAUGUAGGAGAGAUUAAAUGUAUGCAUAUGUAUAAGGGAGAAUAUGAACAGUUUAACAGUGACUAUAAAGACAGAGUCAGUGAUAAAAGAAAAGACUUCUGCUGUAUUUAUGACUCACAGAAGACACGCUCCUUUAUGAGCUGCUCUAUUUAUUGCAUAUUUAGGAACAUUUUAGAAAGUAAUUGGUCUCUUAAAUCUUGUUGAAAUAUAGGACAAAUCUCUGCAGUCGGUCACAAAAUAGAACAUAAACAUGUAUGUAUCUUUAUAAUUAGAGAUGCUUGAUAGCUAUAUGUGGAAUUGACAUUCUGGUGAAUGUUUUAAGAUGUACAAUAUCGUGCCAUCUAGAAUAAACACUCCUAUGAAAGAUGAGCCAAAGUGUAGCCAAAACAUAAGGACAACUCAAGUAAUCAUUUGAUUUCAGAUAUUGUUAUGCCUCUGCGGCGGCAACAGACAGAUUUGUGUUGUCAGUGUAUCCGUCCGUUCUCCUCUCCUUCCUUCCGUCCACUCUAUUCUUGUGACUGUGACGCCUUGAGAGAAUUUCUUCAAUUUUGGCACAAUCAUCGUCCACUUGGACUGAUUAGAAUUUGUUGGUCGAAGGUCACUGUAACCUUACAAAACAUGUUUUUAUGCCAUAACUCAAGCAUAGUUAUAUGUUAAUUAGGAUAAAAUGUUGAACUGAGAACAUUUUGGACAGACAUGGACGUAAACUGCGACUUAACCGGUUGGUAGAGGCAUACCGCGAAGCAGUUAUUCUAGUUUUACACAAUUUUGCCGUGUUUGAUGUUUUAUGGCAGUGAAAACUGAUCAAAUUCCAUUAAUGGGUCAAUUCUUACAUGCUUUUACAGGAUUAUUUUCACUUGAAUUGGCUCCUAUACAUUUUUUAUGAAAAGUUUUUGAAAGAUUCAGGGGCCAGAUUUGAUAUUGCAUAAUGUGUUUCACAUGCUUGACAGAAAGAGAGCUUGCAGUCAACCCUGAACAAAGCAUCUGAAAGAAUAUUUUCUUUCAGAUGAAAGUAUAUUUUCUGAACUACAAGUCGUCUGAGCUCAGAAGAAGAUAUUCUGUAAACCUAAUUAUUCAUAUAAAGUUUGGGAUUAAUAAGAAGAAACACAAUUUAACAGUUUAUGUUUUGUAGCAUUUCUGGUUCAUCUUUAUGGGGGUGUCAACUAUUCAUUUUGGACUUCAUGGUUUUACACAUUUCAUUGUGAAGAAUAGUAUUUUUGUCAAAAUGUUGCAGUCCUAUUUCAAAGUUGUCCACGUGAGAUGAUAAGCACUAUAAUUUAUUGAUUUGUCCGAAUGGCUUAACAUGUGCUUGACUGUUUGAAAAGGGAAAUAGAGGUUAGCCUAGCUGGAAAAGGGAAGCACAGAUUGCUGGCUGGCUUGUUGCAUUUUACCGUCAAUAGAGCACACGUAGUAGCUCAGUUUGCACACGUAGUUGAGCCAGGCAGUAAUACAGAAACAGGGACCUCUCAGAAAGAAAAGGGACAUAGUUCCAAAGUUGUUAUCUGUAAAAAGAAAAAAAACUGAACAUAUACAAAAAAAAA